UGUCUGAGUUUCAGGUUUUGUAGCUAUAAAAGUGUUAACGCGGCAGAGGAGGAGAUAAGAACAGCUUUAGCCGUGAAGAAAAACAUCAUUCUUCCCACAACCUCUGAGCUUGUAUGGAAACACAGAGUUCAACCAUGAAGUUUCAAAUUCUGGCUUUUCUCCUGCUGUUGGCUUGCAUGUAUCCCAGCAUCGCACAAGGUUAUUAUGAAAACUGUUGUUUGAAAUAUAUCACAGGCAUGAAGAAAAACAUGAGAAGAAAUAUUAUCAGUUACAGAAUGCAGGAAACAGACGGAGGAUGCAACAUUCCCGCUGUUGUUUUCAAGAUGAGGCUCAAAAAACAAUCAAGAGCAAAGCCAGUCUGUGCCGAUCCAAGAAGAGACUGGGUCCAGGCAAUAGUAAAGGAGCUGGAUGAGAAAAACAAAAGAGCUAUGUAGAAACAGCUUUGAUUAAUCGUGUGCUUUAAUGCACAAACCUAUGUUAAUAUCACACAUUAAUGUAAUGUUUAUAAUACUAUCAAUCCUGCUGAGAUAUACAUAUAUAUAUUUUUACAUCAUUACUAUCUUCAUGUAGCGGUUCAUAAUGGACGUUUUUUUGUAUGUUUUGCUUCUGUUCAUUGUAUUAGAACAACAUGAAUGUAUAUGAACUGUGAAUGUUUGCCCUUUCGGUCUCUGUUCUCCAUAAUUUGUGCAAAUAUAUUUCCACUUUUGAUGUUUUACUCCAAUAUAAUCUGUGAACUGCAUAGCUGACCUAUAAGUGUGUGUGUGUGUAUGUGUUUGUAUGUGUGGCACCUGUAUACAUUUAAGUUUUUUUUUUUAAUAAAGUAUUGCGAUUGUACAUUUAA